UCACAGAAGAAAGAAAGGGGUUUAUUAAUUUGGCUACUGCAUCUUUUUUCUUUCACUUUCGGAGAAAUUCAAUUGGCAAUGGCGGGUCGUAAAGAGAAAAUCCAACCAUUCCGCGAAUGUGGAAUUGCGAUCGCCAUGAUGGUCGGAAUUAUUAUCGGUUGCGUCUGCACUGUCUUGUUACCAAAUGAUUUCUUCAAGUCCGGAUCAUUGAAGAUUGCAUCGGCUUCAUGUGAAUCGCCUGAACGGGUCAAGAUGUUCAAAGCAGAAUUUGCAAUCAUGUCCGAAAAGAAUGCCGAGUUAAGCAAGCAGGUCAGAGAGCAAACAGAAAAGGUACGGUUGGCGGAACAAAAAGCAGAGAUCAAGGCCGGGCCUUUUGGCACUGUCACGGGUCUGCAAACCAAUCCAACUGUGGUUCCCGACGAGUCUGUUAACCCCACAUUAGCUAAGCUUUUAGAGAAAGUAGCUGUCAAUAAAGAGAUCAUUGUAGUACUUGCAAAUAACAAUGUGAAACCAAUGUUGGAGGUGCAGAUUGCUAGCGUAAAAAGAGUGGGUAUUCAAAACUACUUGGUUGUCCCAUUGGAAGAUUCCAUAGAAAGCUUCUGUAAAUCGAAUGAAGUCGCAUAUUACAAGAGAGAUCAAGAUAACGCGAUAGAUGUGGUUGGGAAAAGCAGAAGUAGUUCAGCCGUAUCUGGACUGAAAUUCCGCGUCGUAAGGGAGUUCUUGCAGCUAGGUUAUGGUGUUCUUCUAGCGGAUGUGGACCUUGUAUUCUUGCAGAACCCUUUUGGUCAUUUGUACAGAGACUCUGAUGUGGAGUCCAUGAGCGAUGGCCAUGACAAUAACACGGCUUAUGGCUUCAACGAUGUGUUUGAUGACCCAUCCAUGACACGGUCUCGGACUGUCUACACAACGAGGAUAUGGGUUUUUAAUUCCGGGUUUUUCUAUCUAAGACCAACUCUUCCUUCAAUCGAGCUACUCGAUCGCGUGACAGAUACACUCUCUAAGUCAGGGGGAUGGGACCAAGCAGUUUUCAAUGAGCACCUCUUUUACCCUUCACAUCCCGGAUACACUGGCUUACACGCUUCCAAGAGAGUCAUGGAUAUAUACGAGUUCAUGAACAGUAGGGUCCUCUUCAAAACGGUGAGAAAGAAUGAGGAACUGAAGAAGUUGAAGCCGGUGAUUGUUCAUAUGAACUACCAUUCAGAUAAACUCGAAAGAAUGCUAGCUGCAGUGGAGUUCUACGUUAAUGGCAAGCAAGAUGCGCUUGAUAGGUUCUCUGAUGGUUCAUAGAGGGAUAUAUGCUUGUUAAGCAAGAUAUCGAAAGAACCAAACUUCUUUUCUUCUCAUGUUUUAGGUUAUUAAACCACUUUCUUUUCU